AUGUCCUUCCAGGGCAAGAAGAGCAUCCCCCGGAUCACGAGCGAUCGCCUUCUGAUCAAAGGUGGGAAGGUGGUGAACGAUGACCAGUCCUUUUACGCUGAUCUGUACGUGGAGGACGGUGUGAUAAAACAAAUUGGAGAAAACCUCAUCGUCCCUGGGGGCAUCCGCACCAUCGAUGCCCACGGCCUGCUGGUCCUUCCAGGAGGGGUGGAUGUCCACACGAGGCUGCAGAUGCCUGCCCUGGGCAUGGCCCCGGCUGACGACUUCUGCCAGGGCACCAAGGCAGCCCUCGCGGGAGGGACCACCAUGAUAUUGGACCACGUGUUCCCCGACGUGGGCGUGAGCCUGCUGGCAGCUUACGAGCAGUGGCGGGAGCGGGCGGACGCCGGGGCCUGCUGCGACUACUCCCUGCACGUGGACAUCCCCCGCUGGCACGAGAGCAUCCGGGAGGAGCUGGAGGCCCUGGUCAAGGACAAGGGUGUGAACUCCUUCCUGGUCUUCAUGGCGUACAAGGACAGGUGCCAGUGCACUGACGGCCAGAUGUACGAGAUCUUCAGCAUUAUCCGGGACCUGGGAGCCCUGGCCCAGGUGCACGCGGAGAACGGGGACAUCGUGGAGGAGGAGCAGAAGCGGCUGCUGGAGCUCGGCAUCACCGGCCCCGAGGGCCACGUGCUCAGCCAUCCCGACGAGGUGGAGGCCGAGGCCGUGUACCGAGCCGUCACCAUCGCCAAGCAGGCCAACUGCCCCCUGUACGUCACCAAGGUGAUGAGCAAGGUUGCGGCUGACGUGGUGGCCCGAGCCAAGCGCAGGGGGGCGGUCGUGUUUGGGGAGCCCCUCACCGCCAGCCUGGGCACUGACGGCUCGCAUUACUGGAGCAAGAACUGGGCAAAGGCCGCGGCCUUCGUCACCUCCCCGCCCAUCAACCCGGACCCCAGCACCGCAGACCACCUCACCUCCCUGCUGGCCAGCGGGGACCUCCAGGUGACGGGCAGUGCCCACUGCACCUUCACCACUGCCCAGAAGGCCGUCGGCAAAGACAACUUCACCCUCAUCCCCGAGGGCACCAACGGCGUGGAGGAGCGCAUGGCGGUGGUCUGGGAGAAGUGCGUGGCCUCGGGGAAAAUGGACGAGAACGAGUUCGUGGCUGUGACCAGCACAAACGCAGCCAAAAUCUUCAAUUUUUACCCGAGGAAGGGGCGAGUGGCCGUGGGCUCCGAUGCCGAUCUGGUGAUAUGGAACCCCAAGGCCACGAAGAUCAUCUCUGCCAAGAGCCACAACCUGAACGUGGAGUACAACAUUUUCGAAGGCGUGGAGUGCCGGGGCGCCCCCUCGGUGGUCAUCAGCCAGGGCCGGGUGGUCCUGGAGGACGGGCACCUGUACGUCACCCCGGGCGCCGGCCGCUUCAUCCCUCGGAAGACCUUCCCGGACUUUGUCUACAAGCGGAUCAAGGCGCGCAACAGGCUGGCAGAGAUUCAUGGCGUGCCCCGAGGCCUCUACGAUGGGCCAGUCCACGAGGUGAUGGUGCCCUCGAAGCCUGGGGGUGGCUCCCAGGCCCGUGCGUCCUGCCCGGGCAAGAUCUCAGUGACCCCCGUGCGGAACUUGCACCAGUCGGGGUUCAGCUUGUCUGGAUCUCAGGCAGAUGACCACAUUGCCAGACGCACAGCCCAGAAGAUCAUGGCGCCCCCUGGUGGACGAUCCAACAUCACCUCGCUGUCCUAG